GAUCUCCAGGGAACGCCGGAGCUUCCCGGAGCCCGUGCAGGCCUACAACAGCAUCAUAGCAAGGGCCUGCAGUGGCCUUGAUUUUGGAAGGUUCUACAUCUACUCCAUCCUGGAGUACGUCUACAGCCAGUUAACACCAGCGGUCUACACGUCUUCUUGGCUCGAUGACAUCACGCAGAGCUCCCAUGGGUCCGUCAGGUUCGUCACGCAGGCCCUCAUCAAUGCGGGCACCUCCCUCGGCAGGCUCUGCAAGAAUGCUCGCCUAGAGAUCCCCUCCAAGUCCAGAGUCAUCAGCAGCGACCCGAAGCUUGCCAAAGAAGUGGCCCAGAAG